GUCCCUUCAAAGAAGAGUUUUACCAGUGUGUGGACUUUGGUCCCUACAGAAGUGCUUGGCAACUGAAGCUGUACCCUAUAGCGUCGCUGUUGUUCGCAUUUGUUCUUCCAUUAGCUGUCAUAGGCACGGCCUACGGGCUCAUCUUCACUACAAUAUCACGCAAGUCUAAGGAGCAUUCUGUAAUGGACAGUUUCCAAAUGCCAUCUUCCAAAUCAUGGGUGACCAGACUAGUCAGCUACAAGAGCUAUUUAUGUGUUGCACUGUGCAAUCAAACGAUAUCUAGCCGAGAAUCGACAGCGUCCAGCUGUUCUCGGGGACCGGUCCGCAGUCAUCUACUACGCAAGGCCAAACGGAAGUCACUGCGGAUGUCCUUUGUUAUCGUUCUAGCAUUCAUCGUGUGCUGGGCCCCGUAUUACAUCUUUUUCUUCUACGUAACAUUCCUGGGGAAAGUGAUCGAUCCGAUGAUCUUCACCUGCUUCUCCUUCAUCGGAUUGUCGAAUACCAUGCUGAACCCCAUUAUCUACGGAGCCUUUCAACUUUGCAAGGUGCACUUUUAUACUCCCAGGUUUGUCCAAAGGUCAUCCGGUAGGAUUGAUAGCACCCCAGUAGAUGGUUUAGUUCAAUUAUGA